AUGAACAAGCUUCUUCUUAAAGCUACUUUUGCAGGACUCUUUGCCGCAUCAAUGGCCAAAGACAAACCAGCUGGCUUCGGCCCACCUCCAGACUCAGACCCUCUGACUUGGGGUUUCUAUGCAACUCCUGAAGUGCAAGACUCAACCGACCUCAUUGUCGAGGGAACCAUUCCAAAAUGGCUGACAGGGUCUCUUUACCGAGGCGCUGCUGCGACCUGGGAUGUCGGCAAUUAUACAGCCGAACAUUGGUUUGAUGGAUUUUCUCGCAACCAUCAAUUCCAGAUUGCCAACGGUCAGGUCACGUACAAAAGCCGUAAUGCCUCUGACGAGCUGAACGACUUCGUUCGUGAGACUGGUCUAUUGCCCGGCGGUAGUUUCGGUGCGGACCCUUGCAAGGUCAUCUUUGGGGCAUUUGAAGCUACUUUCAGAGACGGAAACAACACGCGUGGCGACGAUGAUCAGGACAGCAUCCAAGUGUCUUAUGUUCGCGACUGGCCUGGUCUCAAGGUUGGAUCUGGUAGAAACCUCGUCUCUACAACCGACAGCAACAAGUUGCAGCAGAUCGAUCCCGAUACUCUCGAGCCUAUCGAACUCUUCACUUACGAAGCCAGUAACCCUCUGCUUGAUAGCAAUGGCCAAUCAGCUGCCCACCCAGCCGUCACGAAAGAUGGUGCAGUUUUCAACUACGUACUUGAACUUGGGCAAGAGAACCCUGUAUACCGUGUCUUUGGCAUCUAUCCCCCAGAAGGCGAAACCAAAAUCAUUGCAAACAUCACCGACGCGCCGCCAGCAUACAUUCACUCCAUGUUUCAUACAGACAAACAUAUCAUCUUGGUUGUCUGGCAAGCUGAUUUUGUCAAGCGAGCUACAAGCAUUGUUGGCUCUAUUGGCGAGUGGGAUUCAGACAGGAAGUCCCUGUUCUACGUCAUCGAUCCAGUAAACGGCGGCGUGGUGGCCAAGUAUGAGUCAGAAGAUGCCUUCUUUGCCUUCCAUGAGAUCAACUCGUUUGAGAAUGAAGAUGGCGAUAUCUUUAUUGAUAUACCCACUAUGAAAGACCAUUCUUUCCUCCAAGCUGCCAAGAUCGAAAACCUGCGAGCCAAUCUCAUGCACAAGGCUAACGGGUCUUCCAAGAACGACCUCGCCGGCAAUUUCACUCGCUAUCGCUUGCCCCAUCACAACGACCAAGGCAAGAAGACUCACCUCGCUGAGGUUGACUUUACUCUGGACGUUCAGUUCGAGUUACCCCGUAUCAAUGAUGCACACAUUGGCAAGCCUUAUCGCUAUGCUUACGGUAUGCAUGCUGUGAAGCCUGGGUACUUCAGCGACUCCAUCAUCAAAAUUGACACCAAGACCAAGAAGACCAAGGUGUGGGUGCCGAGCAAGAACCAUCUUCCUUCCGAGCCAAUUUUCAUUGCACGUGCUGGUGCAAAGAGCGAGGAUGAUGGUGUUUUACUAACGGUGGCGAUGGAUACGUCUGUGAAGCUAAGCUCCAUGGUGGUUAUUGAUGCUAUGACAAUGAAGGAGAUAGGCAGAGCCAGGAUGCCAGUAGUGAUGGGCUACGGAUUUCAUGGAAUCUUUAUCUAA